CCGCCUCCACAAAUUGACGGCUGCGCAUUGAGAGCCGAGAACCACUUUACAAACAUGGCGACUUUGUUGAGGAAAGUUGGGGUGAAUUUGAUGAAUCUAAGCAGUAAACAUAAUGCAAAAUAUCAACUGACACUUCUCAGUCGUUGCCUUGCUACAGGAAACUUUGAAUACAUUAUUGUGGACAAGAAAGGGGAGAAGAACAAUGUUGGUAUGAUACAGCUGAACAGGCCUAAGGCUCUCAAUGCUCUCUGUGACGGCCUGAUGAAGGAAGUGAGUGUAGCCCUGGACCAGUUUGAGAAGGACCGUGAUGUGGGAUGCGUAGUCCUCACUGGCAGUGAGAGGGCAUUUGCAGCCGGGGCAGACAUCAAGGAGAUGCAGGGCCAACAGUUUGCUCAGGUGUUCAGCGGGAACUUCCUCAAUCAAUGGACAAGACUAACUGACUUUACCAAGCCUGUGAUAGCUGCUGUCAAUGGAUUUGCUCUGGGCGGAGGCUGUGAGGUCGCCAUGAUGUGCGACAUCAUCUAUGCAGGAGAGAAAGCCAAGUUUGGUCAGCCAGAGAUCAUUCUGGGGACAAUCCCUGGAGCUGGCGGCACACAGCGCUUAAUCCGAGCUAUUGGCAAGUCAAAGGCAAUGGAGAUGGUGUUGACUGGGAACAUGAUGUCAGCACAGGAGGCAGAGCAAGCAGGCCUUGUGAGUAGAGUGUUUCCUCCAGACCAACUGGUAGCAGAAGCAGUGAAGACAGCUGAGAAGAUAGCUGGCUUCUCCAAGAUCAUUGUUGGAAUGUGUAAAGAGGCUGUCAAUGCAGCCAAUGAGAUGACUUUGAGGGAAGGCCUUCACUUUGAGAAGAGACUCUUCCAUGCUUCAUUUGCCACUGAUGACCGGAAAGAGGGUAUGACAGCAUUUGUGGAAAAGAGGCCACCAAACUUCACUGACAGUUGAGCUGUCAUGGCAGCAAUACGGUAUAUGUAUCCAGGAGGAUCAGAUCAGCUUUGGUAUGACCCCAGACCUGCGUGAUGUUGUGUGUGUGUUUGAUCAUGUGUCCGGCAGUGGUGUCAAAACAACUGUGGGGAACACUGGAGUGGAUGACUCGACACGGUACAUUCGGCUUAAUUCAUAUAUGCAGAUGUGUUCUGAAGGAAUUCUGAAGAUGUUUUCCUACUUUAGGACUGGAAAUACAGGAACAUUGCCAGUCUAUCAAGAUAUAUGUAGAAAUUAAAAUUAUGAUGAGAGAUUUAA